AUGAUAACGUUAUCGCCAAAAAACCCUAAUCACAAUCUAAAAAAGUACAAAUUAGUCUUCCUAGGCGAACAAAGUGUCGGUAAAACUUCAAUGAUAACCCGUUUCAUGUACGACAGCUUCGAUCCAAACUACCAGGCCACAAUCGGUAUCGAUUUCCUAUCGAAAACCAUUUAUUUUCACGAUAGAACAGUCCGGUUGCAAUUAUGGGACACCGCUGGCCAAGAACGUUUCAGAUCUUUAAUACCUUCCUACAUAAGGGAUUCACAAGUGGCUGUAAUUGUUUACGACAUCACAAACUUGAAUUCUUUUGAGCUGACAACGAGAUGGAUUGAGGAUGUCAGGAGCGAACGUGGCAAUCAAGUAGUGGUGGUUUUGGUUGGUAAUAAGGUGGAUUUGGAAAGUUGUAGAGAAGUACCAACAGAAAAAGCUGAAAAACUAGCUAAGGAAUUAGAUGUUUUGUUUAUUGAAACUAGUGCUAAGUGCAGCUAUAAUGUUAAGCAGUUGUUUAAGAGGAUUGCAGAGGCUUUGCCUGACUUAGAUCCUGAUAGGCACGAAGACAAUAAUUGGUUACAAGAAGUUACCCUAGAGACAAAACCAAAAAAAAAUAAUCAAAAAGAUGAUAAUAAUAAAGAUUAUUGUUUUUGUUGA